CCUGAAGUUGUGCGGUUGUGCUUCUUGAAUAAGAUCGCACAACCACUCACAUUUUUUUGUGAAUAAAAAAUACCAAUAAAAAUAUACAAAAAAAAACAUAAAAAUACAAAAAUCACCCCAAAAAAAUCGCAAAACAGUGAAAACCCCCCAAACAACACAAUAAAAAAUCGUAUUUUUCAUUUCGCAAAAGAAUCGUUGCAAAUUGUGUGCGUGAACAGAAGCCACCGACGUCCUUUUCUGCUUCGUGACUCCAGCGAACAGCAACCUCUGUUACCAGUUCAGCAAACAAAAAAGAAGGCAGCCAGCUUCUCUCACCUUCGUGCUAACACAACUGCAGCAGCUUGAACAGGAAAUAUAUUUCCAUCCCCCGUGGUACGAUUCCUCAAAGUCGUCGACGUAGCAACGUGUCCGUGCGUACGUAGCUCGAGUGCGAAAUUUUCGGAGAACGCCCCAGCCAACCUCGCGGGCUUUAAUUGCACGAGUUGUGUGCAAGCGGAAGUGAAAGUUAAGACUCACAGACACCGUCACUGUUGACGCCGCGUCACCACCUUUUCGAGAAAAAAGAGAUACCUCCAGCGCAUCACGAACCAUCAUGAAUCCCGGAGCACCGAACUACCAGAUGGCUUCGCUGUACGUCGGCGAUCUGCACUCGGAUAUUACCGAGGCAACGCUGUUCGAGAAAUUUUCCACCGCCGGACCGGUACUGUCGAUCCGUGUGUGCCGCGACCUUAUCACUCGUCGCUCCCUUGGCUACGCGUACGUCAACUUCCAGCAGCCAGCCGAUGCUGAACGUGCGUUGGAUACGAUGAACUUUGAUCCAAUCAAAGGACGUCCGAUCCGUAUUAUGUGGUCGCAGCGUGACCCUUCGUUGCGAAAAUCCGGAGUAGGCAACGUUUUUAUCAAGAAUUUGGAUAAAAAGAUCGAUAACAAGGCAAUGUACGAUACGUUUUCGGCUUUUGGUAAUAUUCUGAGCUGCAAGGUGGCUCAGGAUGACAAAGGACAGAGCAAGGGAUAUGGUUUUGUGCAUUUCGAGACGGAGGAAUCGGCAAACGAAUCCAUCUCAAAGGUAAACGGCAUGUUGCUGAACGAGAAAAAAGUAUUUGUCGGACGCUUUAUCUCGCGCAAGGAGCGUGAGAAGGAGCUCGGCGAAAAGGCUAAGCUGUUCACUAAUGUGUACGUAAAGAACUUUGGCGAGGAAUUGAAUGAAGAGACACUGCGCGAGAUGUUCGAGAAGUACGGUUCGAUCACGAGUCUUCGCGUGAUGAUGAAGGACGGUAAAAGCCGUGGGUUCGGAUUUGUGGCUUUCGAGAGUCCAGAGGCAGCCGAGCAAGCGGUUCAAGAGCUGAAUGGCAAAGAUCUUGCCGAAGGAAAGACACUGUAUGUUGGUCGUGCUCAGAAGAAAAACGAGCGUCAGAUGGAGCUGAAACGUCGUUUCGAGCAGCUGAAGAUGGAGCGCUUGACGCGUUACCACGGUGUGAAUCUGUACGUGAAGAACUUGGAUGACACAAUUGAUGACGAACGCCUGCGCAAGGAGUUCGCUCCGUAUGGUACAAUCACUUCCGCCAAGGUGAUGCUGGAUGAAGGCCGCUCGAAGGGCUUCGGUUUCGUGUGCUUCUCGGCGCCGGAUGAAGCCACGAAGGCGGUAACGGAAAUGAACGGGCGUAUUGUCGGCAGCAAGCCACUCUAUGUGGCGCUAGCCCAGCGCAAGGAGGAGCGCAAAUCGCAUCUGGCUAGCCAGUAUAUUCAGCGCGUAAAUAGCCUGCGUAUGCAGCACAUUGGGCAGGUGUAUCAGCAGGGUGGCAGCUAUUUCAUGCCAACUCUCGCACAGCCUCAGCGCUACUAUGGCCCACAGGUAGCGCCAGUACGUACUGCUCCGCGCUGGUCUGCCAAUGCGCAGAUCCGACCGACUACAGCCAAUCAAAAUGUGGCUGCGAAUGCUCCGGCCGGUGGUUAUCCGGCGAUGCAAACUCAUGUGGCCAACAACCAGUACCGCCAAGCGAGCAACGUGCGCGGUGGCAAUCAGCAGGUUGCAAACGCUCAAUCUGCUCAAGCAACCUCCGCUGCUAUGCGUAACUCUGCUCGACCGAUUACUGGUCAGCAGACUGCAGCCAACAUGCAAACGCGCCCGGUUGCACCACCAUUGGCUGCCGGACAAACCCGUACAGCCAACUAUAAGUACACGCAAGCCAUGCGCAACGCACCGGUGCCGCAGCCUGUCCCCAUGCCAGCACAACCCGUUGCUCAGCAAGCUGUCAUCGUUAAAGGACAAGAACCACUUACUGCUUCAAUGUUGGCCGCUGCUCAACCGGCUGAGCAAAAGCAGAUGCUUGGAGAACGUUUGUUCCCAUUGAUUGAAGUCAUGUAUCCGAACCUCGCGGGUAAGAUUACUGGUAUGCUACUCGAAAUUGACAACUCGGAGCUGCUGCACAUGCUGGAGCAUAAAGAGUCGCUCAACUCGAAGGCUGAAGAAGCUGUAGCUGUGCUGCAGGCUCACCAGAAAUCCUCCGGGCAGAACAACUAAGCGCAGAAUAGCGUAGCAGCUGGAGCGGCGUUUGUCAAAUGAUCCUUCUUUGCCAAAUUCUUGAGGAUUCGUUUGUAGUAUCCAUUUAAGCAAUGCAGAUUGUAGUGAAAACAAUUAUCAUGUGAAUGUAGACAAAUUCCAUUAAAUGAUAUAUUGUAGCUAUAUUCACUCGUCAAGGUUCAUUCUUUUGGUAAGACAAUUGAACAGUGCAGCAUUUGCUAAUCGAACGAUAUCUAAUUGAUUUAGGCGCUGGGGUAUCGUUUUGCGAAUGCUCGUAUUUUUCAUUAUUCAUAUUAUAAAAUUGAAUAUGUCAUUUAAUCGUCAAAGAAAAUUCUUAACGAUUUUCCAGCUUUUGCAGAACGCACACUGCAAUCUUCUUAAAACAAUAAUAUAACCUAUCAAAUAUUAUAUUACACAGAAAAAUAUAUAUAUGCAUAAAGUAUAUAUAAAAAAGAUACAAAAAAAUUGAAAAGAAACUAUAAAAAUCGUAAAUGAUGAAAAAGGUAACUUCAAAAAUAUUGCAAAAUGGAAAAGUAAAUCCUCUUGACGAACACCAACAAUUGUAGGUAGAGUUCGUAAAGAAGGACACCUGCGACAGAGAGAGGAGAAAAUUGCAAAAAAAAUCAGAAAACAAUUCAAAAUGUCAAAUGUUGAUUUUUAACGAACCUUCAAUAAGUAAAUCAUUAAUAAUUUGCCAAGACAAGCAAGUACUGUACUACUGAGCAAUUUGGAACGUUUAGAAAACAAGGAGGAUUCUAGAAGAUAUACACGGAAUUUGAACAGUGCGAAGAUUCUAAGUUUCUAAAUAUCCCAGGCAUGAAGUAGAAAGAAUUUCAAAGGAAACUGUGAAAAAGCAAUUCAACAAAACCUUAGAGGAAGAAUGAAACCACGAAAAAAAAACUGUGAGUCACACAAUACUAAAAAAGAUCUUAAUUCAAUGAGAUACAACAGAACAACCGAUGCGACAGUCUGAAUAUAUAAACGAAAUAAAAUCAAAAAACUGAAAAAUAGCAAAAAAAGUGAAAAUACAUAAAAACAAAAAAGAGAAAAACUUACGUGAGACACUGUGAAGAAACCGGUGGUAGAAACUAUGCUUUUAUAAAAGCACACGUAACGGAGUAAACGAGAUGAGAGGAUAGAGGUGACAGAAGAAAAAUAACAACUGAAAAAAAAACUGAAAAAAUUGCAACUGAAAAUUCUACAAACAAAAAGGGGAUGAGAAAUGGAACAAUGACGAAUUGUUGAACCGA